AUGGCUCCAAAAUUCUCAGAAGACGAAAUUAACGAUUUGAUAUACUUGGCUCGUGUUGGGGAUAAAGAUGAAUUCGAGACUUUGAGAGAAGAGUUAUGUAAAAGGGAGGGGUGUUCGACGACCCAAUUGUUGGAAACGGCGAGAGAUGGCGAAACUGGAAAUGGUGUGCUGCAUAUGUCUGUCGCCAACGGACAUCACGAACUUCUUACCCUCCUCACAAAACAACUAUCACACCCCUCACCCCAGAAUCCUCAGAUGCUCGCAAUACUCAAUACACAAAACGCCUCCGGAAACACACCCUUACAUUGGGCAGCAUUAAAUGGGCAUUUAGAAUGCGUAAAGAUUUUAAUAGAAAAUGGGGCGGAUCCAACGAUACAAAACCAGAAAGGUCAUGAUGCAGUAUAUGAGGCCGAGUUGGCGGAUAAGACGGAGGUUGUGGAUUGGGUAUUGAAAGAAGGAGGGGAGGGAUUAGAAGAGGGUAUUGCGGGGGAUAAUGCGGGAGAGGGCGGAGCAGAAGAUGAGAGUAUGGAGGUAGUGCAGGUUGAGGAGGGAGAGGGAAAGUUGGAAGAUGCGGUGAAAAAUUUGGGGAUUGGUGGAUCGGCGCAGAAAUGA